GAGGACACCAUUGUAAUUCAGUGACAACCCAGAGACACAGGGAAGCACAGUGAAAUGUGGGCCCCCCAUGGUGGCCUGUCCACCUGCCUGGAGGAAGUUUCCAAACAACAGAACCAGGAAGCGUUUCAUCCAGACUGAGCAAUGCAGAACAGGGAGGGGCAGGGUUUGCUAAACAAUCCACCCUAUUGUCCCACCCUCUGUGUCGAUUUGAGGCUGGGCCCUAUAAAGUGCCCAGAGGCCGCACAGAAGGCCAUUUCCUCAGCCAGCCAGCCAGCCAGCCAGCCGCGGUGAGCAACGGUCGGGACCCAGCAUCAUGUCGGAGCUGGAGAUCGCCAUGGGCAUGAUCAUCGACGUCUUUGCCCGGUACUCGGGUGACGAGGGCAAUAAGCAGACCCUGACCAAGGGGGAGCUGAAGGUGCUCAUGGAGAAGGAGCUUCCAGGCUUCCUGCAGAGUGGAAAGGAAAAGGACGCUGUGGGCAAGCUGCUCAAGGACCUGGACGCCAAUGGAGACUCCGAGGUGGACUUCAGCGAGUUCAUAGUGCUGGUGGCUGCGCUCACGACUGCCGGUCACAAGUACUUUCAGCAGGCAGGACACAGCUGAUUCCCUGGAGACGCAGAUUCCUGAGGGGACACCGAGAGCAGGCCCCCGAUGUCUGGAAAGCCCAGGUGGCAAUUCUUUCUCUGGGCUGAGCGAGCUGAUGGCCCUCUGAUUAAUAAAGUGCUUGUGAAAGGAC